CCCGUGCGACAGAACAGUGUUUUGACGGCGGCUUCUGGCGUUUGUUUACAUACAUUUUACAAGAAAAAAGUUGAAAUUGGUGGCUUUAUUGCUUCAAAACUUAAAUUUCAGUGAAAUUUUCGUAGAUUCCCCUACAUUUUGUGCUAGUUUUACUUUUAGUUUAGAUAAGUAUCGACGAGCGAUAGCCGCAAUGACCAUCUUCAAGCUGGAGCGCUUCCCGCAUGUCUGUCGGUCCUGUUUGCAGCCAAAGGCCGCCACGGAACAGAUGACCGAUCUCGGCGAGCCCAGCGAAAAAUACGGCGGCACCAAACUGGAUGACCUGUUGGACGAUCUGACCUUUCCCAUCCCGGCGGAUCUGAAGCAUCUCGUACCGAGUGCCAUCUGUGGUCCAUGUCUGGAGGAGUUGGACCGGUUUCUGGCCUAUCGGAAGCGGUUGAACUACGUUCUGAAGUUAGCGUUCGGUUUGGCGCUCGUCAAGCGAGGGGACACUUCCACGCUGGACGAACUGUUCAAAGAGAAGGAGUAUCUCUCGGCGUUGUUGAAGGAUUUGAACGUGCUGGAUGUGGAUGUGGAAGUAGACCUCGGUGAUUUGUUGGACGAAUUUCCGCAGUACGAUGUGGGCAGUAUGCCGGAUGUUAAGAACGAGAACCGGGACGAUGAGGACAGCACCCAUGAAGUUAUGGAGAACGCGUUGAUCAAAGUUGAGGUCGACGACAGCGGAAUGAUCGUGGAAUAUCUUGAAAGCGCUGUGAAACGAAGGCGGGGACGUCCAAAGGUCAUUAAAAAAGAGGACACGCCGAAGAAAAAACCCGGUCGACCGAAGAAAACCAUCGAAGAGUCAGACGAGGACAACAGGCCAUUGAAACGGUUGAAGACGGAUGAACCUUCUGAAGCUGUUGAGGAAGAAGAGAUGGAGAUGGUCCUAGACGAGGACGACAUGAUCGAGGAGCGGCUGUCCAAUGCUUCCGAACACUACGCCGAUCGGGAUCUGUCCGAGAUUCUGGACAAUACGACGGACAGCCACCAGCAGGACGAGGAUUCGGAGGGUGAUUUCCAGCUGGAUGAAUCGUUGUUGGCGCGAAGCGGAAAGCGGAAAAGCAAGCAGGGCAAACGGUCGCCGGUCAAGUCGGAGAGGAGGAGCGAGCUGAUGCAUUGUGAUAAGUGCAAGUUCAAGACGUACUAUCCGCAUACGUUCGAUCUGCACAUGGAUAAGCAUUACAAGAGGGAAAUGUACCCAACGUUACAACGCUGUAAACGGUGCGAUUUGCAUUUCGAGUCGAAAAAGGAGCUGGAUAAGCACAAACGACUCGAGCACAGGGAUUUCAUGUGCGACACCUGUGGCCUAUCGUUCGAGCAGAAGUUCGCUCUGGAGACGCACCGAAAGCGACACGAGAGCGUGCGGCAGUUCAAAUGCGAGUACUGCCCAAUGGAAUAUUACACGCGACCGGAGAUGCUUUUGCAUGUCAAACAGGCGCACCUGAACGCAUUCGAGGUCAAGUGUCCCGACUGUGGACUCAGCUUCAAAACCAAGUCUACGCUGAAUCAACAUAUAAAGACCCAUACGAACCAGCGGACGCACACCUGCAGCGUUUGCGGGUAUGGGUUUAAGUCCUAUACCCAUCUGAACAGGCACAUCAAAUCGGUCCACCAGGACGUGCGGUUCAAGUGCGACCACUGCGAGAUAUCGUACGGUCGGAAGGACAAACUGCGGAUGCACAUGGAGAAGACUCAUAAUAUCCAAACAUACUUCGUCUGUGAUGUUUGCCUUCAAUCGUACAACUGCAAGGAAAAGCUAGACGACCACAAGACGCACCACGAGCAUCCGAAACCGCUGCAGUGUGGAGUGUGUCUGGCCGCUCAUGUGACGCCCGAAGAGUACCAGCAACAUCUCUGCAUCAGCUACAGAGACAACUACAUCUGCUGCAACCGGGACUUCAAGUACCACUUUUACUACAACAAGCACAUGUUCUUGGCGCACGGACUGAAGACCAACGUUCGGGUGAAACCUGAACAAGGCCUUCUGCUGGGACAAAUCCGCGCUCUAAGGAAACAAGCGGAACGAUGUCCUCGGUGUGAGCAGGAAUUCGCCACCCGGAACCUCAAGAAGCAGCACAUGCUUUCGUGCCGGGGACCGAACACGAUCACCGCGACCGGAAGUACUGGGGACGGCGGGGUCGCAGAAACUUCCGAUACGGCGCCGAGCGUUGAAGGAGUUGGAAGUGCGUCCGUGGUAUCUGUCCCGCCGAUUGAAACCACCUACGAGAUCGAGUACAUCGACAACUACGAUCCGGACGAGGACGCGGAUAUGCAAAAGUUGGAAGUGGUGUAGAGGAGAGGAUGCGCAAGCUGCUGGAGGACGUCAUAGGAUUAGGACUAAUGUUAGCUACUCACGUUAGGUAGUAUGUAUAAGGUAAUAAAUGUUUGUCACUUAAA